AAAAUAUUAUAAAUGAACGUACUGUACCUCUACAAGAGGGAUGAAGAGGAUUCAGAGAUUGAGGUGUAUAGAAAGGAGAAUUAUUUCGCUGAAACUAUGAUCACAGCAGCAGGGGUUUAUACUAUGUACUGGUUCGAGAGUUUGAAGAUACAGCUUAAUGUGGAUUUAGAGGUGGUUUAUAAGAAUGCAGCCUAUUGUCGUUGAAAGAAAAUUUAUAAGAUACCUAAAUAAUAAUCAGUAUAAUGUCUAUAUGACAAAGUAUCUUAAUGAUCCUGCGCUAAGCUUUCCGAAGAUGAUGAAGCAUAUUGAGCGAGCGAAUAUUAACUGCUUGAUGCUUAUUAAGAAUUAUGAACCUAAGAGAAAUGAUAUCAAUAAUGUAGUGCGAUCAACUGUGAAGUUGAUGUGUCACUCUCUUAACAUACUCUUCAUUGAGAGAUUUUAUGUGAAGAAAAGACAGUUUAAUUUGAUUAUAAAAAAAUUGCAUCAAGUUAGAUUUGUUUCUUUUGCCAGAUGAGCUAUUGAGUUUUCGCCCAGAAAGAUUGAGUCAAAAAUCAGGUCUAGAUUUUCAAAAAUAUUGUUUGACCAUGUCAAUAAUGUUCUUGAAGAAGAUGAAUUCUUAACAUAUAAACCAGUUCUAAAUUUUUGCAGAGCCAUUAGAGACUGUUCUCUUGCGUGGUCUUUAAGAAAAUUUAAAGUAUAUCCAGGCUUCAAUAGAAAGAUGACCAAUGAAAUUUCAGAAGAAUGCGACUUAGGACACGUCGAUUUCAUUACUUAUGAAAAAAGCUCUCCAGGUUGGGAUUAUUUCUAAGUUGCUCAAUAAAAUACAAGAUUCAAA